CCGGCUGAGACGGACGAGACCCCCCCCGCCCUGCCCACGCAGGACCCUGAGCCGUCCGUGCCCCGCGCUCGGCCGUGGACUGGGGGGCCGGACCACAGGGGCGGCCAUGCGGUGGCGCGCGCUGGCCCCGGGCCCGCCCGCGAGGUUGGCGCGCGAAGCCGGGGCGCGUGGGCGUCCGCGCCAGCCGGAGGAGUUUGCCACAUGUCCGCACAGUUUUAAGAAAAAGGACUUUAAAAAGCCCAGAGUUUGUGAAGUGUGCAAACAGUCCAUUGACCGUCAAGGGAUUGCUUGCCGAGCCUGCAAGUAUUCCUGCCACAAGAAAUGUGAAGCCCAGGUGGUGAUUCCCUGCUCUGUGCAAGUCCGCCUGGACCAGGCUUCCGAGAGUUCCACAUCGUCUUCUGCUCUCCGCUGUGACAAGCCUUCAAGGCCCCUGGUCCUGAGACCAGCUAUGGAGGACAGCCAUGAACUGGACCUCACAUACGUCACAGAGCGUAUCAUCGCAGUGUCCUUCCCUGCCAGCUGCUCAGAGGAGUCCUACUUGCACAGCCUUCAGGAAGUCACACGCAUGCUCAAGUCUAAGCAUGGAGACAACUACCUGGUAUUAAACCUUUCAGAGAAGAGAUAUGACCUUACAAAGCUUAACCCAAAGAUCAUGGAUGUGGGCUGGCCUGAGCUGCAUGCACCACCUCUUGACAAGAUGUGCACCAUAUGUAAAGCCCAGGAGUCAUGGCUGAACAGCGACCCUCAGCAUGUAGUUGUCAUCCACUGCAGGGGCAGUAAAGGACGCAUCGGAGUGGUCAUAUCAUCCUACAUGCACUUCACCAAUGUCUCAGCCAGUGCUGACCAGGCCCUGGACAGGUUUGCAAUGAAGAAGUUCUAUGAUGACAAAGUUUCAGCUUUAAUGGAGCCCUCCCAGAAGAGGUACGUGCAGUUUCUCAGUGGGCUCCUGUCUGGAGCAGUGAAGAUGAAUGCUUCGCCCUUGUUCCUGCACUUCGUCAUCCUGCACGGCGUCCCCAGCUUUGACACUGGAGGAGCUUGCCGGCCCUUUCUGAAGCUCUACCAAGCCAUGCAGCCUGUGUACACGUCUGGGAUCUACAAUGUUGGCCCCGAGAACCCCAGCCGGAUCCGCAUUGCCAUAGAGCCGGCCCAGCUGCUGAAGGGCGACACCAUGGUGAAAUGCUAUCACAAGAAGUUCCGCUCGGCCACCCGUGAUGUCAUUUUCCGCCUGCAGUUCCAUACCGGAGCUGUGCAAGGUUACGGGCUUCUGUUUGGGAAGGAGGAGCUGGACAGUGCCUGCAAAGAUGACCGUUUCCCUGACUACGGCAAGAUUGAAUUGGUCUUCUCAGCCACACCUGAGAAGAUUCAAGGAUCGGAGCAUCUGUACAGUGACCAGGGAGUGAUGGUGGACUACAACACAGCAGACCCCCUCAUUCGCUGGGACUCCUACGAGAACAUGAGUGCCGAUGGAGAAGUGUUACACACACAAGGCCCAGUGGACGGCAGCCUGUAUGCCAAGGUGAGGAAGAAGAGUGCCUCAGAUUCUGGCAUCCCUGGCAGCCCUCAGGGCAUGCCAGCCACGAGCAGUCCAGACCACGGUGACCACACCCUGUCAGUCAGCAGUGACUCGGGUCACUCUACUGCCUCAGCCAGAACUGAUAAGACAGAAGAACGCCCAACCCUGGGAGCACGGAGGGGCCUGAGCCCCCAGGAGAAGGCUGAAUUGGACCAGCUGCUCAGUGGGUUUGGCCUGGAAGACUCUGCAAGCUCCCACAAAGACAUGACUGAUGUGCGCAGCAAGUAUAGUGGGACGCGCCACGUGGUGCCAGCCCAAGUCCAUGUGAACGGAGACGCUGCCCUAAAGGACCGGGAGACUGACAUUCUGGAUGACGAGAUGCCCCACCAUGACCUGCACAGUGUGGACAGCCUGGGUACUCUCUCCUCCUCUGAAGGGCCACAGUCAACCCACCUGGGCCCCUUCACCUGCCUCAAGAGCAGCCAGAACUCCCUCCUGUCCGAUGGCUUUGGCAACGGUGUUGGUGAAGAUCACAAUGGUGCCCUUUCUCCAGACCUAGGCCUUGGCGUGGACUCCCUCUAUGAGCGGGAGCGGAUGUGUGGGGGCCGUGAGCCAAAGCAGCUGCAGCCCCUGUUGAGGAAGCCCUCUGCACCCACCCCCACACAGGCCUAUGGGCAAAGCAACUAUUCCACCCAGACCUGGGUGCGUCAGCAGCAGAUGGUGGCCGCUCACCAGUACAGCUUUGCCCCAGAUGGGGAGGCCAGGCUGGGCAGCCACAGUACAGUGGACAGUGCUAGCCUUGCUCAACCCCAACCCCACAUCCCAGUCACUCCCACUCGGGGAGCAAGCAGCAGAGUGGCUGUUCAGAGAGGCAUCAGCAAUGGGCCAAAUCCCCCCGACACACAGCAGCUCUGUCCUGGUAAAGCACUCCAGCCCAGAUUUUCAGACGACAGAGUCGUGAAUGGAGUACAUCCAGAGCUGAACGCUGGUCCCUCCCCAGGCUCCCCUACCCUGGAUAUUGACCAGUCCAUUGAGCAACUUAACAGGCUGAUCUUGGAGCUGGACCCCACCUUUGAGCCUAUCCCUACGCACAUGAAUGCCCUUGGCAUCUCAGCCAAUGGCUCUAUGUGUCCUGAUGGCAUGGGAAGUGGGCUCCGGUGUGGUGGCAGGCUGGACCCCAUGGAUGGCCCUGGCAGGAGCCCUGGCCGACAAGGUGAUGAGCCCAUCGGGGGACGGCUCCGGAAGCUGAGCCUCGGACAGUAUGACAAUGAUGGUGGGAGCCAGGGGCCCUUUUCUAAGUGUGGAUGGGGAAAGGCCGGAGUGGACCCAGCCCCAAGCCUGGGAUCAUUUUCUUCUCCUGCAGACAUCAAAGAGACGAUGAUCACUGCAUAUGCCCCUGACCUCGAUAUGAUCGAUGGCAGGAUGACAAACAGCAAGGAGUCCGUGUGUCUGACCCCAGCAUUCCCUGUAUCUCCAGAAACACCAUAUGUGAAAACAUCCCCACGAUACCCUCCAUUCAGCCCACCUGAGCCCCAACUGAGCAGCCCAGCCAGUUUGCGCAAAGGAGGACGUGAACCACGAGGCUGCCCAGAGACUAUCACCCACACCGUGGGGAUGUCAGAGAGCCCCAUUGGACCCAAACCCACCAUGCUUCGGGCUGAUAUGCCUGCAACACCCAACUUUCAGCAGGUGUUCGCAUCUUCCUGCACAGUUUCAAGCAAUGGCCCCGGCCAGAGGAGAGAGAGCCCAACUUCUGCAGAACGCCAGUGGGUAGAGAGCAGCCCCAAGUCCACCCUAACCCUCCUGGGGAACAGCCACUCAUCUGAAAGUCCCCUCGGCACCCACGAGUUCUGCAGCUCUGGUAAGAACUCGCCAGGGCUGGCCUGCUUCCAGUCCACGGAGCUCCAGGCCUCUUUCCACAGCCAUGAGCUGUCCAUGUCGGAGCCUCAGGAUGCUCUGCCUCCUGCAGGCAGCCAAGCCUUCCUAGGCUUCAACACUGCCCCAGUAACAAGCGGCCUUCCGCCUGGCGAGGACCCGGGCGCCUUGCUGGUCAAUUCCCACGGCACAUCGCCAACUCCCGGAGCCCCUCUGACAACGCCAGGGGCUGCCGACAGCGGCUUCCUGUCCCACAACUUUCUCACGGUGUCACCUGGACCCAGCAGCCACCACAGUCCAGGCCUGCAGAACCAGAGUGUAAGCUUGCCUGGUCAGCCGCCCCUCCCUGAGAAGAAGAGAGCCUCGGAGGGAGAUCGCUCUUUGGGCUCAGUCUCCCCUUCCUCCAGCGGCUUCUCCAGCCCCCACAGUGGCAGCACCAUGAGCAUCCCCUUCCCAAAUGUCCUUCCAGACUUCUGCAAGCCUUCAGAAGUGGCCUCACCUUUGCCAGAGAGCCCAAAUGACAAACUCGUGAUUGUGAAAUUUGUUCAAGACACUUCCAAGUUCUGGUACAAGGCCGACAUCUCAAGAGAACAAGCCAUUGCCAUGUUGAAGGACAAAGCUCCUGGGUCAUUCAUCGUGAGGGACAGUCACUCCUUCCGAGGGGCCUAUGGCCUGGCCAUGAAGGUGGCUACACCUCCUCCUUCUGUCUUGCACCUGAACAAGAAAGCUGGAGAUUUGUCCAACGAACUUGUCCGGCAUUUCUUGAUUGAGUGCACCCCAAAGGGGGUGCGAUUGAAAGGGUGCUCAAAUGAACCAUAUUUUGGGAGCCUGACAGCUUUGGUGUGCCAGCAUUCCAUUACGCCCCUGGCUUUGCCCUGCAAGCUCCUCAUUCCUGAGAGAGAUCCACUGGAGGAAAUAGCAGAAACCUCUCCCCAGACAGCAGCCAACUCGGCAGCCGAGCUGCUGAAGCAGGGGGCAGCCUGCAACGUUUGGUACCUGAAUUCCGUGGAAAUGGAGUCCCUCACUGGUCAUCAGGCGGUGCAGAAGGCCCUGAGCAUGACUCUCGUUCAAGAACCGCCUCCAGUGUCCACAGUGGUACACUUCAAGGUGUCAGCCCAGGGCAUCACCCUGACUGACAAUCAGAGAAAGCUCUUCUUCCGGAGGCAUUACCCUGUGAACAGCGUGAUUUUCUGUGCUUUGGACCCACAAGACAGGAAGUGGAUCAAAGACGGCCCUUCCUCUAAAGUCUUUGGGUUUGUGGCCCGGAAGCAGGGCAGCGCUACAGACAAUGUAUGCCACCUGUUUGCAGAGCAUGACCCUGAGCAGCCUGCCAGUGCCAUUGUCAACUUUGUGUCAAAGGUCAUGAUCGGCUCCCCUAAGAAGAGCUAAGCCCCUCAUAGCCAGACCCGCCAGAUGCCUCACAGGGCCCUCAAGGUGGCAGCCAGCGGGGCAAGGCGGGGCCCCCCGAUUGGUACCAGACUGACAAUCCUCACAUUCCAGACCCAAGAGGGGAGAAUAUGGCAACCCUUUAAACCAAGAACAAACAUCACCCCAGAUUGGCCUUAAAGUAACUUCUCAUCCGACACACCUGAAUAGUCAAGACGCAUUUUGAGUGGCCCGGGAAAUGCCUCCACAGGGUCCCGCCUGCAAGGACGGUACAAGGAGGGAGCACAGAAGACUGAAACAGCCCUGAGUCCCUGGCUCAUCAGCAUCUGCGUGGGUGAGGAGCCCCUGUCCUGCUUGGCGGGGGCUGAGUAACCAUGGCGCUCCACUUGUCAGCAGAAGCGCUCCGUCCGGCGACUCCCUCGUCUUGUCUUUCUACAGCGGACAGUGAUGAAACUGAGGAGGGGAUGCAUGGUUAGUGAAGGUCUGAGCAGGUUGGAACAUGGGGAUCUAAGUUAGGGUACAGCAAAAGGGAUGUGAAAUGAGGAAGCCACUGAUACCAAGGAGGAGGAACACGCAGUCUCAGAGAGCUCACUGCUGGUGGAAAGGAAUCCACAAUCCUGCUCUCAGGUAGCCAGCUGGGCUGUGGAGCGCCUAGAGGACUUCGAGAGGAAAAUGAGAGGACAGAAUUAAAAAAAAAAUGCCAUUUUAUAUAAUAUAUAUUUUACUUAUGCCAAAUUAUUUAUAACCGCUUGCCAUUGCCAUCCUGUACUCGUGUCAAAUGCUGCAGCCGAAUAAGCUGUGAUUGCUAAAAGGCUUGUUCCCUUGUAGACACACCAGAGACAAUGGGCCCCUCAAGGGGAAGAGGGACAGCGGUCUCAGGGUGACGUCACGCAGUCCAUCUCUAGUACCGCCAAAUGGAUUUGCCUCAAGCAGCCUGCCCUCUACUUGGCACAGUGACGUGUCUUGCCCGGUGUGAAUGGCUUCUUUCCUGAUGAGAAUAUCCAGGAGAAAGGGGAGACUAAGACACUGGGAUCCAUCUCAGCCUCUUCUGCAGGGCCAGCUGGGCCAUCUAGAGGCCUUUGUGAUCCACAGCACAUGUGGCCUUUCUAAGCUGUUACCAUGACUGUCCUGUGGCACCUGCAGCUUCCAUGGGGACCUCUGUGGGCGUCAGGAGGGAGGGAAGGGGGAUGAAGGGCAAGAUCAAGAGUUCUGGCUCUCACAGGCUGUGUUUGAUUUGCUGAGUCACCUUAGCCACUAGUCAGAUAUGAUGGGUCAUGCUGAGACAGGUGCCCAGAUGCAGGGUUCCUGCCUGCAUCUCUGAGUGGUCAGAGAUGUCAAAGACACCAGUGAGCCCAGCAUUUCCCACAGUGGAGGUGGAGCAGGGCUACGUGGAGACAAAGCCAAGGUCUCCUUCCCAGAACCUUACGCCCCAGGAAGGCUCUGAUCAUCCCCGUCCCAGCCUGAAAUCCCCGCUCUCGGCUUUCUAAAAUCCCGUCCUAGCUUACACAUCUCACAGCUGGGACAGGCUACAGUUGUCAAGGUGGGGAUUUCGUGGUGGAUUCUCUGUUUCAAAAGGGGCAGAGAUGUAACUUCAUGUCGAAUUGGAAUCAACUCUGUCUAGGGGUGUGUGUGUGUGUGUGUGUGUGUGUGUGUGUGUGUGUGUGUGUGUAUACAGGUGGAUCAUACCCCUUUUAGUUCGUGUGUAUCUGCGUGUAUGCAGGUGGACCAUUCCACUCUUAGCUCAUGUGUCUGUGUGUAUGCAGUGGGCCAUUCCACUUUUAGCUCAUGUGUGUGUCUGUGUGUGUAUACAGGUGGACCACUCCACUUUUUAGCUCCUAUUGAUGCACCAAAAGCAAGUGCCUCAUUUCUGUGCCAAAUGUUUGCCUUGGUCCUUAAGGACCUCCUUCGUGGACACACUCUGGUGUGCCUGUUAGAGGAAAUGUGCCACCGUUCUCUAGAGGCCCCAUGUCUUCCACAGAGGCUUCUAGUGUGUUUUUUUCAGUUAUUCCUAUGCAGCUAAAAUUCAGAUGGGUAGGGGUGGGGACUGAAGUUUGUGCUCUGGCCAAGAAGUGCCACAUCCUAUGGUUUAUAUGCAAAUGUGGCCCAAAGACCUCCAGCCAGGUUGCUUGUCCUUCUGCUGGAGGGGGAGAGGGCCUAAUUAGAAAUCCACUGGGCAGAGCUGAAGCACAGCCUUCCAAUGAAUUGAAUGCCACCACAAAGGUUGGCAUGGGGCACAUCCAGGAAGCCACAUGAGUAUGCUUUUGAAAUUGACUGACCAGGUCUGAUCUUUACUCAAGGUAAAAGUGGUCAAGGGCAUCAAGGGAUUUGCUCUGAGGAACCACAGGAAGACAGCUCUCCAACUUUCUAGGAGCUGGUAGGACUGGGUUGUGUCUCUGUGUAAUGUGUAUAUUGAACAGAACAAGAUGAGACAGAGCACCAUAGACUAUACUGUGUGCUCCAAAGCACUGGGAAGGGACAUUGCCCAGGCUUUUGCCACGGGGCCAUCAGUUGGUAUACUCUUCUGGGAGUGAAUUCAGUGAUGCCCACCACUUGCAGUAGAUAGCCAGGGUCCCAUUAACCUUCUCAUUAAUGGUUGUCUUAUAGUUUCCAGUGUUGGGCUGUCCCCAUGUUAAAAGCCACUGCACUUACCCUCAGUGUCAAAGACUUUGUAAUGCCGCCUUAUCUGUCUGUACCUUUUAGCACAGUUUUCACUAUUCUAUAUUGUAAAGAAUAUAUAUCCAGUAUGUAAAUGAGUGUUCUAUAAACCUUUUGUAUAGGCAUUUCCUCUGCUCUUUAAAUAUCAGCCUUAUUCAGAGUAUAAUAAAAAUUAUGACCUUGGUAAGUCCA